UUUUUUUUUACUUUUGGACGGGCUGUCGGUCGUUGGUGACGAGCUUCGGGCCGUAGUAAAGAAAAGAAUUAAGCAUACAUCACUGAAUAUAGUUCGUCAUUUGUUAUAAAUUAGUAUAGCAGAGUACCCAGUAAAAUUGUAAUCUAAAAUAGGAAGGCGUUUUAUGGUGAAAUUGUAAAUAUCUGCACCGAAGAGGAGAGAGAGUCGCCGCUGUUGGUCUCGAGCUGCCCCUGCUGUCGUCAUAUCGGCCAUGAAUUCCAAUGUGGAAAACUUGCCGCCGCACGUAAUCCGACUGGUGUAUAAAGAAGUGUCGGCGCUCACUGCAGAUCCCCCCGAAGGCAUAAAAAUAUUUCCCAAUGAAGAGGACAUCACAGACUUGCACGCCACUUUGGAGGGUCCAGAAGGGACGCCAUUUGCCGGUGGAGUUUUUAAAAUGCGCCUCGUUCUGGGAAAAGAUUUUCCAGCUACACCACCCAAAGGUUAUUUCCUGACAAAGAUCUUCCAUCCAAAUGUCGGUCACAAUGGAGAAAUAUGCGUCAAUGUUCUCAAGAAAGACUGGAAGGCCGAGCUGGGCAUCAGGCAUAUUCUACUGACAAUCAAGUGUCUUCUAAUCCACCCAAACCCGGAGUCUGCCCUGAAUGAAGAAGCCGGCCGCCUUCUCCUUGAAGAUUACUCAGAGUACGCCUCCAGGGCCAGGUUGAUGACCGAGAUCCACGCAAUGGGCAGCAGCACAGGCUUGAGCCACCUGCGGGUCGGAACAGGGGUACCAGGGGAUGGAGAGAGUGAAGACGUGGGCCUUGGUGGCGCAACGAACGAGGGGGGCCCUCAGCCAAAGAAGCAUGCGGGAGAGAACAGCAAGCGAUUAAACAAUGGAAAAAAGAAGACAGAGAAGAAAAGGGCGUUGCGGCGAUUAUAGUAGGCCUGGAAAUUUUAGAGCCUUUGUUAUCAGUUGGGGGGAGGGAUGGAGGGAAGGGAAAGGGUGGGUGAGGUUCAUGGAAAUCUUCUAGCUGUGAGAACUUUUAUAAUGUGAUAUACACCAGGUUUUUUUUUUUUUUUUGUUUUUUUAAAAAACAAAUGGAAUACAAAGGAGGAGAACCCUGAAAAAUGCAAUUCAUAAUGUUUUCCUGGCCCUGAUAUUAGUCAUAUUUUAGACAUUUUUGUUUUACCUUUCUUAAAAAAAAACAAAACAAAAAAAAAACCAACCUACCUUAAACAGCACACUGACGUGAGUUUCGAAGCGAGUGGACGUUACAUUUUCACCCGAUGAGAGUGUCGCCUGUUCCUAGCAGGGCCUGUGUUCAGUUAGCAUGCUUUUUGCGAGCAAGACGUUCUUUUUCUUUUCUGUUUUUUCUAAUUUUUUUUUUUUUUUGGUGGAUUUUUUUCUUGCCAUUCCAAAAAAAAAACCAACUGACUUGAAAGCCACUCUUGAGCCAUCUUUUGUAUGUGUAUUGCUGUUGUCUGAAAGUUUUUUCUGUGGUUGAAAUUUUUCAACAGGGUUUUGAUGCCACAAUGGCCGAUUUUCAGUUGGGAGUCACCACCGACCUCUGCGCUGCUGAGGAUGGCCGACCGUUACUGUCAGUUCUUGUGUCCGCCGACUAACUGCAGUGCGGUGUGGUCUCCUGCGUGUGAGCGGCCAAAGUGACACGCGGAGGAGGUCUUUGACGUCCUCCUGUUUGUUCCAGAACGUUCAAAUGUUGGUGGGGGCAGCAGAUGUUCUCCAUCUCCUUCCUGUUGCUUUAGUUCACGUGAGAGCCAUGGGGUCUGACUGGAGAGAACACGUUCUUUGUUCAUUUAUUACUUCUAAAUAUCUGUGCCUUCAACCCCACCAGUUUUUAUUUUUGAUUUUCUUCUUUUGUGUUUUACCCCCCCCACCCCAUCCGUUACCGGAGUGGACUUUGUCCGCCUUUUGCCGGAUUUCUAUACACUGGGAUGCCAUUUGGAAGGAGACUGCAGGCUUUUCUUGUAUGUAACUCGUGCAUUCUGGACCACCACGUGUUGGCGUCUGAGUUCCGGCGCCAUUCUCUGAUCAGGUUUGAUAUCUCUAUUGAGUUGAAUUGAAUUGAGUUGGAUGACGGAGGGGGACUGUGCAAUUAUUUAUUUCCCCCCUGUCCUGUUUUUAUCUAACAGCUCUGACCACUUAGUUUCUGCUGUUCUCCUGUUCUUUCAUAUUUUGGUGACCUUUUUUUUUUUUUUUUUUUUUUUUUUUUUUUUUUUUUUUUUUUUUUUUUACA